UGAAAGCAACAGUGCAAAUUCCCUAAACUGGAAAGAAGAUUUUUCUAUUUACUUAAGAAAAGAAGCAAAGAUGGGUUGGAAAAGCACACUUGUCACAACUUUUAUUCUUCAGCUAACUUCAUUGGGAGGGGGACAGAACACUCACCCUGACGUACUGCUGGGAUCAGACUUUCCUCCAGCCAGACCUUCGUUGAAUAACCUAAACGCGAUCUGUCUUCAUGGCAAUGGCCGCUUCAGAUAUCCUGCCAGCAAUUUCCCUCCCUCAGGUUACGCUUACACUCGUCGUGCUGGAAAAGCAAUAAACAGAGUAGAGGCAUGGUUUAGUGAUUGCUGCUUUGGUGAUGUGGCUCAAGGGAAUGAACAGAUCCUUUGCUGUGCCAACAAGGUGUGGGAGACUGCCCUAUCCCAUUUCUGUAUCGAAGAAUACUCAGUCAUGACCAUGCCCCAUGUGUGCUGUGAGAAGAAUGGGGAAGACAGGUGGAACUGCUUUGAAAGACUGGCUCCUAACCCCUCCUACCAACCCCUACCAGGCUACAUUGCCCCUGUAAUACCACCUGACCAGAUUUUCACAUGGGACCCCAAUACCUGUUAAAAAUCUAAAUGAAAAAUAAUUUUUAGUACUUAAUGCCGCAUGAGUACUUUUGAUUGAUUUAGCAGCACAAAAGUCCAAAUGUCGACUUCAUCUCUUGGAAAAAGUGAUUGCCGUUUUCUGAAAACGUCCUUUGUCAAUUGAUUAACCCCUUUACAUUCCUAAUAGACUGAGUAGCAUAGCCAACUGUGGAUCAGUAUUCAGAGUGCAUCAUGCUUUUCAUGUAAUUUAAACAUGCUUAGUGUAUAAAAGCUGGAUUAGAAAGUUGUAUAUUACAAUAUAUAACAUCAGAUGUAUCACUGUGUGUCACAUAAUUAAUUCAAUAAAUUUGAUUAUACCAGCUGCAUUUCAGAGACCUAACACAUGCUUUCUAUAAUGGGCAAUAUAAACGAACAGAAAUCUUACCUAAGCAGCCUUAUGGUCUGAUGUGAAAUGUAUUCUUUGAGAGAACAACUAUUGCUUCUGAGGCUUGAUCUUUCACUUAAAAAAAAAUAAAUAAAUAAAAAAAAAUAUAUAUGGUACAUUUUUAUAUUAAUAUGGUAGAUGAACUGGAAAAAGAGUCCAGACAGAUCAGCUAAUUUUAUAUAUACUUCUGUAUUUUUUUCUGCAACUAUAUUUUAGUUCAAUGCAACAACAUUAUGGAGUACUAAAAAUAUAUUGUACUUGUACAGUUACAAUAA